AUGCAUGUACGCGGUAGCUGGUGGUUUUUGCAUCGUCUGGCACAUACGCAAGUGGAGUACACGGGCAAGAAGAGCAGGUCGGCGGGGAGGAAGACGACGGUGGUGACGGACGCGGAGGCCUUGUGGGCCAUGCUCUACGCUGACGACGCGGCCAUCGUCUCGCGCUCGCCGGAGAGUCUCGAGAAGAUGAUGUCGGUCAUCGUGCGCGUGGCCGGCCUGUUCGGACUGAUGGUGUCGGAGCCAAAGACAGAGAUCAUGUGCAUGCUGCCAAAAGGGAUCGAGGAACACCCGUUCACGGUCAGCGCCGCCGGCCAGACGUACAAGCAGACAGAUCGGUUUGUGUACCUCGGACGUACCAUCUCCGCGGACGGGAAGGCCGACCGGGAGAUCACGAGCCGCAGCUGCCGAGCGUGGAAGUGCUACCGCCGGAACAGUGCUUCGAUGUACGACAGGCGACGGGCCGACCGCCAGCUCAAGAUCCGGCU